CGUAACUUUAAAAAUGGGUUAUUUUUGUCAAUAAAAAGGGAGGCUAAUAAGCUGUGUUUGGGGCAGAGAGUUUGCGGUAAAUCCUCUUUUAUAAGCUUUAGUGAUCUGCCUUUUUGUCUACAUACUUUGUCACCAAUAUGGCUAAGGCAUAUUCUUUAAGCGGAAGCUGUCCUUCCAUGAUCUCAACAAUGCUGUUACUUGGGCUGCUGAUCAUCACGUCAACCAUAGACAAAACUGCUGCGCAAAUUGGAGUCUGUUAUGGGAUGCUGGGCAACAACUUGCCUUCCCAAAAGGAAGUCAUAGCUCUCUACAACCAAAACAACAUCCGAAGAAUGCGACUCUACGAUCCCAACCAAGCCGCUCUCCAAGCCCUCCGAGGCACCAACAUCGAACUCAUGCUCGGCGUUCCCAACACCGACCUCCAAAGGCUCGCCUCAAACCAAGCCGAAGCCAACACUUGGGUCCAAAACAACGUCAGAAACUACAACAACGUUAAGUUCAAGUACAUCGCCGUCGGAAACGAAGUCAAAACCUCAGACAGUUUCGCGCAAUUCCUCGUCCCCGCCAUGCAAAACAUUCAAAGGGCAAUCUCCACGUUCGGCCUCGCCAACCAAAUCAAAGUCUCCACCUCCAUCGACACCGGAGUCCUCGACGUAUCCUAUCCUCCUUCAAAAGGCUCGUUCAAGUCGGAUUACCGAGCUAUUAUCAACCCUGUAAUAAGCUUCUUAGUGAGCAACGGAUCUCCAUUGCUCGUCAACUUGUAUCCUUAUUUCAGUUACAGUGGCAACACGAGAGACAUUUCUCUUGAUUAUGCUCUUUUCAGAUCGCCGUCAGUUGUUGUGCAAGAUGGUCAGUAUGGAUAUCGCAAUCUUUUCGACGCCAUAUUGGACGCCGUCUAUUCAGCUCUCGAGAAGGCGGGCGGAGGGUCGUUGGAGAUCGUCGUGUCGGAGAGCGGUUGGCCGUCGGCUGGUGGGACGGGAACGACGGUCGAUAACGCUAGGACUUAUAACAAUAACUUGGUGCAACAUGUGAAGAAAGGGACUCCGAAGAAACCAGGAAGGCCUAUUCAGACUUACAUAUUUGCCAUGUUUAAUGAGAACCAGAAGACCCCGGAACUUGAGAAGCAUUGGGGACUCUUCCUACCGAACAAGCAGCCAAAAUACCAAAUGAAUUUCAAUUAAGAAGCAAGCUUAUAUAUGUGUGGUAAUAAAGUAAUGGCAAUAAGGACGGACCAAUUUGUUUAGUACAAUAAAAGGUUACAGCUUGUAAUCCGCUUGCAAAGAUGCGGUUGGUAAAAAAAUUAUAUACUUUAACGAAUGUCUUUUUUUUUUUCUUUUUUUUUAAGGACUAAAGGUCUUCUUUUAUAAACUAAAGUUGGUGAAGAAA